AUGGCGCCCAUCAAGCGAAAGGGCAAUACUGCCGAAGAUGCAGCUGCCCGUCAGCCGCAGAAGCGGGCUCGCGUUGGAGCAGAGGAACAGGCGAAGGCGUCUAAGAAGCAGAACAGCAAGACCGACGGACAGCAGACUGAUGCCGCUCGGAAGCCGUCUGGCCUUUCAGUCCUGCGCGACGACGAGCCAGCGUUCCCUCGAGGUGGUGGAAGCGUGCUGACACCGCUGGAACGGAAGCAGAUUCAGAUUCAAGCUACUCGCGAUGUGCUUUUCGAGCAGAAGGGGUCCAAAAAGACUCGCGGCGAUUUCGAUGAUGAGGACGAGGACGAGGAGGAAGAUAUUGAUAUGAACGAUGCGGACGAUGCGUCUGGGAGCACAAAAAAAGGCCACAAGAAGAAGGCAAAAGGCAAGAAGUCUUCCGAACGGCAGUCAUCGGAGAAGCAAGGUGUGCGAAUUGAAGGUCUCAGCUUCAAGCGCCUCGUACCUGGAUCUAUGAUUUUGGGUCAAGUGUCGAGUAUCAACGCCCACGAUAUCGGGAUCUCCUUGCCCAACAAUCUUACUGGCUACGUGCCGUUGACGGCGAUCUCGAAGACCCUGGAAGAAAAAAUCGACAAACUCUUGAAUGAAGAGAACCAGAGUGACGAUGACGAAGAAGAUGAAGAUGACGACGACGACGCUCUGGAGCUGAAGAAUUACUUCUACCUGGGCCAGUUCCUGCGCGCCUAUGUUGUUUCCGCUGGAAGCAACCCGACCGACACAAACACACGGAGCAAAAAGCGCAUUGAACUCUCGCUUGAUCCUAGGCAGACCAACUCGGGCCUGUCGAAAUCGGAUCUCGUGACUGAUGCAGUGGUCCAGGCGUCCGUUGUCAGCGUGGAAGAUCAUGGUCUUAUCAUGGAUCUUGGAAUGCAAGACGCAGACCUUAAAGGUUUCAUGUCCUCCAAGGAGAUUGACCCGAAAUUGGACUACUCUUCUAUCAAAGAGGGUUCCGUUUUGCUCUGUGUAGUUACAGGCCACAACGCCAACGGCAACGUGAUCAAGCUGUCUGCCAAUCUUCCGUCCGUGGGUUCCAUCAAGAAGUCUCACUUUCUCAGCACGGCUCCUACAAUCAAUGCCUUCCUUCCUGGCACUGCCGCUGAAGUCCUUCUGACUGAGGUAUCGGAAAACGGUAUGGUCGGUAAGAUCAUGGGCAUGCUCGAUGCUACCAUCGAUCUCGUACAAUCCGGCGCAAACUCGGGACAAUUCGACCUAACCAAGAAGUUCCAUCCCGGUGCGAAGAUCAAGGGUCGCCUGGUUUGUACCUUUCCUGCUUCGGAGCCGAUCAAGGUCGGCUUUUCCAUGCUUGACCACGUUGUGAAAUUUGCCCCGGCCACGCGCGGUCCUGGUUCUUCCGACGACGCCCCUGCCAUUUCCGCCAUUCUCCCUGAAGUCAAGGUCGUCAAAGUCGAACCUGGUCUUGGUCUCUUCGUCCAGGUUGGAUCAAGCAACCACCUUGGUUUCGUUCACGUGUCCAAGCUUUCGGACACAAAGGUCGAAAGCAUCUCUGCCGAUGAAGGAAAGUUCAGGGUUGGGUCCUCUCACGAAGCCAGGGUGGUCGGUUAUAAUUCGCUUGACAACCUGUAUCUUUUGUCCUUCGAGAGAAAGGUUAUUGACCAGCCUUUCCUUCGUCUGGAGGAUGUGACCAUCGGCGCCGUCGUGAAGGGCAAAGUUGAGAAGCUUCUUAUCGGCGCUAAGGGGCUCGACGGCCUGAUCGUGGCGCUGGCCGAUGGAAUCACUGGCCUCGUUCCAUCUAUGCACUUCGCAGACACUCUGCUGCAAUUCCCCGAGAAGAAGUUCCGUGAGGGAAUGACAAUCACCGCUAGGAUUUUAUCCGUCAACUUGGAGAAACGUCAAAUCCGCUUGACCUUGAAGAAGAGCUUGCUUAACAGCGAAUCUGCCAUCUGGAAGGACUACGAGGACAUUGUCCCUGGAGCUCAGUCACCGGGCACACUAGUCAGCAUUCAGCCUCAUGGUGCCGUUGUUCAGUUCUACGGCUCUGUGCGCGGCUUCCUUCCGGUGUCAGAGAUGAGUGAAGCCUAUAUCAAGGACCCAUCCCAACAUUUCAGACAGGGUCAAGUUGUCAGCGUUCACGCCUUGAGUGUCGAUGUUGCUUUGGGGAGACUUACUGUGUCUUGUAAGGAUCCCUCGACCUUCACUGACUCGUAUAAGAAAGCCUUCGAGAGCAUCCACCCCGGGUUACUCGUCACCGGAACUGUUUUUGAGAAGUCAAGUGAUGACCUGCUUCUCAAACUCGGUGAUUCCGGUUUGAUUGCCCGCUUAGACUCCCAGCACGUCAUCGAUGGAUCUGCAUCUAAGCAGAGUUCAACCUUGUCGAAGAUCCGCGUGGGCCAAAAGCUGAACGACCUUCUUGUACUCGAUAUCCAGAGAGCUCAUCGCCUCAUCAAGGUGAGUAGCAGAGCCAGUCUCAAGAAGGCUGUUACUCAGGGCCUUGUCCCCAGCAAGUUCGAAGAUGUUCAGGAAGGUGCCGAGGUCUUGGGUUUUGUCCGAAACAUUACACAAGAUGGCGUUUUUGUUGAAUUCCUCGGCAGCGUCAUCGGGCUGGUGCCCAAACGUCUCAUUCCCGAGGGCAACAUCAACACACUGAACUUUGGGAUGACCAAGGGCCAAGCGGUGUCCGCUACUGUCCACUCAGUCGAUACCGAUUACCGCAGGUUCAUCCUGAGCAUGAAGACCUCGGAAGCUACCCGUGCUGGCCCUUCUGAACGUAAAGCAGCCAAGGAACCAGUCAAGGUCAACGAUGCCUUGAUAAACCCUAUUGACGAAACCAUCAAGGUGAUGGAUGAUUUGGCAUUUGGAAGAACUGUCCAGUGUAGGAUUCUUUCUGUCAAGGGAACUCAGGUCAAUGUGCAACUUGCCGACAACAUCCAAGGUCGUGUCGACGUGUCGGAAGUGUAUGACAAGUGGGAAGACAUUAAGGACAGAAAGCAGCCGUUGCGCUUUUUCCGCCCGAAACAGCUCAUCUCUGCGAGAAUCAUCGGCGUACACGAUGCUCGUAAUCACAAAUUCUUGCCGAUCAGUCACCGCAGCGGUAAACACCCUGUCUUCGAGCUGUCUAUCAAGCCCAGUUUCCUUGAAGCAUCUGAGCCCAGCCUGUUGAAUCUGGAACAAGUCCGGGUUGGUUCUUCUUGGGUUGGUUUCAUCAACAACAUUGCCGACGACUGCCUAUGGAUCAACCUGUCGCCUAGUGUCCGUGGAAGGUUACGCUUCAUGGAUCUGGCGGACGAUCUGUCCCUCCUUGCCGACAUUGAGAAGCAUUUCCCAAUUGGCUCUGCAUUGAAGGUACACGUUACUGCCGUUGAUGUCGAGAAGGGGCGGUUGGAUUUGUCCGCGAAACAGGGCAAUGAGAAGCUUUCCCUGGCAGACCUUUCAGUGGGCAGCGUCCUUCCUGGAAGGAUUACCAAAGUCACCGAGAGCCAAGUCAUCAUGCAACUUAGUGACACAGUUGUUGGUGUGGUACACUUGAUCGACAUGGCCGAUGACUAUUCCAAAUCUGAUCCAGGAACCUUCCACAAAAAUGAGGUGCGUCGCACGUGCGUUGUGGGAAUUGACGCCGCCAACAAGAAGGUUUCACUUUCCCUCCGGCCCUCAAAGGUUCUUAGCUCGUCCCUUCCGGUACAAGAUCGGGAAAUCACUUCGCUCAAGCAAUUGAAGGUCAACGACAUCGUCCGAGGUUUCGUCAGAAGGGUGGCUGACAACGGGUUGUUCAUAACUGUCGGACAUAACAUCACAGCCUACGUCCGCGUCUCUGAUCUUUCCGACUCCUACCUCAAGGAGUGGAAAGACGGGUUUGAGACGGAUCAACUGGUCAAAGGCAGAGUCACUUUUGUCGAUGCCGAGCAGAACAAGCUGCAGCUAACCCUGAAAGAGUCUGCUUUGGAUCCCAACUACAAGACCCCUCUCCAGCUCCGCGAUCUGAAGCCUGGUCAAAUUGUCACAGGCAAAGUCCGUAAGGUGGAGGACUUUGGUGCAUUCAUUCUUAUUGAUAAUUCUGCCAAUCUCAGUGGCCUCUGCCAUCGCAGCGAGAUGGCUGAGGACCGUGUCGAAGAUGCCAGGAAGUUGUACGAAGAGGGUGACGUUGUGAAGGCGAAGAUUCUCAAUAUCGACCGCGAGAAGGAGCGAAUCUCAUUUGGUCUCAAGGCAUCUUACUUUGGCGAAGAGGAUGGCGAGAGCAGUGACGAGGACCUGGAUAUGGAGGAUGAUGAUGGUGUGAGCCUCGACGGUUUCGGUGGAGUUGAACUUCAGGGCGACUUCUCUGAUAAUGAUGAUGACGAUGAUGAUCUAUCUAUGGGCGGUGUUGAUCUGGAAGAUGAGGAUGGAAGCGAGUCCGAAGUAAGCGACGAUGAUUCUCAGAUGGAAGAUGUUUCUUCCAGGAAGGAAGGGGGCCUUGGUGCCGGUGGUUUCGACUGGAGCGGAAACAUCCACAAUGACGAUGACGAAGGGGCCCGGUCUGGCUCUGACGACGAAGAUGGUACGCGGAAGAAGAAGAAGAAGAACCGCAAGCCAGAAAUCCAGGUCGAUCGAACGGGCGAGUUGGAUGCAAACGGUCCGCAGUCGAUUGCUGACUACGAACGACUCCUUUUGGGCGAGCCUGACUCGUCCCUCUUGUGGCUUCAAUACAUGGCAUUCCAGCUGGAGCUGGGUGAGGCUGACAAAGCCCGUGAAAUUGCUGAGCGUGCACUGCGCACCAUCAGUAUGGGCCAGGACACUGAGAAGCUGAACGUGUGGGUGGCACUGCUGAACCUGGAGAAUACAUAUGGCAACAACGACACCCUUGAGGACGUCUUCAAGCGGGCCUGUCAGUAUAAUGAUACUCAGGAGAUCUACGAGCGGCUGAUCAGUAUCUACAUUCAAUCUGGCAAGAAUGAGAAAGCGGAUGAGCUGUUCCAGACUGCUCUUAAGAAAAAGAUCUUCCAGUCCCCUAAGUUCUUCGUCAACUAUGCCACCUUCCUUUUCGACACCAUGGCUGCUCCCGAUCGCGGCCGCGCGCUGUUGUCGCGUGCCCUUCAGUCUCUCCCAUCGCAUACGCAUGUCGAGACGACAUCGAAAUUCGGACAGUUGGAGUUCCGGUCGGCGAACGGAGAUGCUGAGCGUGGCCGAACGGUGUUUGAGGGACUUCUUUCCUCGUUCCCCAAGCGAGUUGAUCUGUGGAAUGUGUUGCUGGACUUGGAGAUCAAGGCCGGCGACGCGGAACAGGUUCGCCGUCUGUUCGAGCGAGUGCUCGGGAUCCGCUCGUCGAAGAAGGGAGCGGCCGUGACAACGGUGGAGCAGAGCAAGAAACUCAAGCCCAAACAGGCGCGGUUCUUCUUCAAGAAGUGGCUCUCGUUCGAGGAGACGCUCGCCGCCGAAAGUGGCAGCGAUAAGAUGGUCGAGGAGAUCAAGGCCCGGGCAGCGGAGUACGUCAAGUCUCUGCAGGAGUGA